CGUCGCCCCGCCCCUUCCGUCUCUGAGACGCCGGCUGCUGCCGAACGUGACUGGGAAUUCCGUGAGGCCUCGCACCGUUUCCUCCGCGACAGCCCCCCCACCCGGGAGAGACACGUGUUGUGGAGCGAUGCAAUAAUGGCUCCAAAAAAGAAAGCAGACGAUGGACCAAAACAGCACCCGAUUAUCGGAAGAUUUGGGACCUCUUUGAAGAUUGGAAUCGUGGGGCUGCCAAACGUAGGGAAAUCAACUUUCUUUAAUGUGUUGACAAAGAGCCAGGCGUCCGCGGAAAACUUUCCAUUUUGCACCAUUGAUCCAAAUGAGAGCAGGGUGCCCGUCCCAGAUGAGAGAUUCGAUUUUCUGUGUCAAUAUCACAAGCCUGUAAGCAAAGUGCCAGCCUUCCUGAAUGUGGUGGACAUCGCCGGCCUUGUCAAAGGGGCCAGUGCGGGCCAAGGCUUGGGGAACGCGUUUCUGUCAAACAUCAGUGCCUGUGAUGGAAUAUUUCAUCUUAUGCGCGCUUUUGACGAUGAUGACAUCAUCCACGUUGAAGGAUCCGUCAACCCAGUGCGAGAUAUUGAGAUCAUCCAUGAUGAGCUCCGUAUGAAGGAUGAAGAAGCCAUCAUAGCUGCUCUAGAUAAGCUUGAAAAAGUAGCCGUGCGAGGAAGUGACAAAAAGUUAAAACCAGAAUAUGACAUAAUGUGCAAAGUCAAAUCCUGGGUGAUGGAUGAAAAGAAUCAUGUCCGCUAUUGCCAUGAGUGGAAUGACAAGGAGAUUGAAGUGCUAAACAAAUACUUAUUCCUGACCUCCAAACCGAUGAUCUAUCUAGUCAACCUCUCGGAAAAAGACUACAUCCGCAAGAAAAACAAGUGGUUGAUAAAAAUUAAGGAGUGGGUGGACAAGCAUGACCCAGGGGCCUUGGUCAUUCCUUUUAGUGGGGCCUUGGAACUGAAGCUGCAAGACAUGAGUGAUGAGGAGAAGCAGAAGUAUCUGGAAGAGAAAGUGACACAAAGUGUCUUGGCCAAGAUUAUUAAAACUGGAUACGCAGCUCUACAGCUCGAAUACUUCUUCACCGCAGGCCCCGAUGAAGUGCGUGCUUGGACCAUAAAGAAAGGGACAAAGGCUCCUCAGGCUGCAGGGAAGAUUCACACAGAUUUUGAGAAGGGUUUCAUUAUGGCGGAGGUAAUGAAAUUUGAUGAUUUCAAAGAAGAAGGCUCUGAAUCAGCCGCCAAGGUGAGUUGUGACUGCUACAUGUUAGAGGACAUCUUCUCGUGGAGAAGACACGGUGCAGAGAUGGAGGCAUCUGAUUGUCACCUUGUAGGCAAAAAAAAUUUCAUUCUCAAUCCCGGGAGUUGCAUCCGUUGACUCUUUACGCACCGU